AUGGAAUAUAUAAAUGGAUCAUCACUUGCGUUAACUCUUGCUAAUAAUUCAACAAUUAUUAGAAAUUUAUCUAUUCGACAACGUUUGUAUAUUGCAUUAGAUAUUUGUAAAGGUCUUAGCGAACUUCAUUUAGUUGGAAUUGUUCAUCGGGAUUUUAAACCACAAAAUAUUCUUCUUUAUCAAUCUUCUGAUGGUAUUUAUAUGGCAAAAGUAGUUGAUUUUGGAGUUGGUUUUCAAUUAGCUAUUGCCUCAACACCAUUUGUUAAAGAAACAGAUGGUACUGUUGAUUAUGAUGCACCAGAAGUUGUCACUGAUAAUAAAAUGCAAUCACUAUUGGUUUAA